CGUUCAUUUAAAAACCCCUCAAACCGAUUUGCUGUCUUCCUGAGGUAAAUUAGGUGAAUUUACAACUCAUCGUGAAUCAAAGUCGUUGUCUUACAAAUAAGUAAGACUACUAUCAAGUUUUCUGUGGAAGAAACAUUUCUUACACUGGAGCUCGAGACAAUGGCAGAGUCUGUGCGCUCGAGUCAGUCGAACGGGGGAUCUAGUCGCCACGAGAAAAGUUUGGGUCUCCUUACCAUCAAGUUUGUGACACUGCUACAAGAAGCAAAGGACGGAGUACUUGAUCUCAAAGUGGCUGCUGACAGUCUUGCAGUGCGGCAGAAGAGAAGGAUCUAUGACAUCACAAACGUGCUGGAAGGGGUGGGGCUCAUCGAGAAGAAAACCAAGAACAUCAUCCAGUGGAGGGGGGAGAACCUGGGCUGUCAGACCCAGGAGGUUCUGGACCAGGUGGAGACGCUGAAGGCUCAGAUAUCUGAGCUGGAGAGAAAAGAGAUGGAACUGGACAGUCAGAAGGCCUGGCUGGAGCAGAACAUCACACACAUGAAUGAGGACAGCGUUGUCAGUCGAUAUAAGUACAUUUCACAUGAGGAUGUGUGUGAUGCCUUCGUCGGAGACACUCUCCUGGCUGUGGUGGCUCCCUCUGGGACUCAACUGGAGGUGCCAAUGCCCGAGACGGGUCAGAAGGGCCAGAAGAAAUAUCAGGUGAACCUGCGGAGCCAGUCUGCUCCCAUCAAGGUGAUGCUCAUUAACAGGGAGCAUGAAUCCUCCAAGCCUGUGGUCUUCUCUGUGCCUCCUCUCGAGGACCUGUCCUCCAUGCCCACCCCUCCCACCACCCCUGCCAGCCUGCAGACGUUCCCCAUGCUCUCAGCCCAGGGCCAGCCCCACACCCCGUCCUCUAGUCCCUCUGGGAUGCAUGACCUGGGGCACGCAGUCAGCCACAAGAUGGCGCCGCUGGGGCGCAGCGACGACCUGACGCCCUCCUCCAGCCCUCCUGACAUGCAGAUGGAGUGCCACGCCCAGACUGAACCAGUGCUGAGCAUGCAGCCAGUGUUGGGCUCGGCUCUGGACCCCCAGCAGCAGGUGAACGUGUCGGGCCAGGAGCUGCAGUCCCUGCUGGACGUGGGCAGCUUGCUGAAGCUCCACCCUGGGACUGGGGAUCAGAUGAAGGACGAGAGAGAGGGAGUUGCUGACCUGAUAGAUGAGCUGAUGUCCUCAGAUGGUGAGACUGAAUUUUACAAAGUGUUACAAAGAAAAUCCAUAAUGAAGUUGGAAACUUUGCAGCCUGACCUCUGCCCUCCUUGCCUCCUCCUCCAGUGUUCCCCCUCCUGCGGCUGUCCCCGAGCACGGCCGGGGACUACAACUUCAACCUGGACGACAACGAAGGAGUCUGCGACCUGUUUGACGUUCAGAUUCUCAAUUACUGAAUUGACCCAUGUCCAAAAAUAAGGCUUGCAUUACCAGCCUCAGGUUCACUGCCUAUUCCUGUAUUAACAGUUGCACUCUUUCAUCCUUUCCCAGUUUGUUUCUCACGCACAUACAUGGGCGUUGUCUCAUUUCUCGUUUCCAACUGCCAUAUUGCGAAUAAAGACAAUAAGAGG